AUGGCGCCUCAGAAACUCAACGAGUACGAACGCAUGCGACUCGAAAAUAUUCGUCGCAACAAUGAAAUGAUGGCUGCACUCAAAGUUCAAUCCAAAGCCACCGCACUCUCCAACCAUUCCAAGAUCGUUACCAAAUCUUACUCUGUAAAAUCGGAGAAAAAACCUAAAAUUGAAACCCCGAUUGUUAUCAGACGCUCACUUCGAACAAGAGGCAUUCCACCCGACUCCAAAGGGUUAGAUUUAGAUGCUAAUUCAGAUUCCAACACUUCCACUCACAAUUCCCCCAAUAAAGUUGAGGAAGUUGUUCGAACUUUGGGUCCUAUUUCCAUGAAGGAUGCUUAUAAAGGCAUCGAUGAUUCCGAUUGUUCUUUCAUUGAAUCUCUUGUUAGUAUUUCCAAUAAGGAAUUUUCAGAAGAACUCAACGGGCCUGUAAAAAAGAAGAAAACUGAGUGUUCUUUUGAGUUGGGAUCUUUGUCUUUGGAUCCUGAAAAUAUAGCACGUGUCCUUCCUGGAAGGAUAACUCAAGUACGGUUUUUCCCUUCCAAGGAUGUUAAUAUGAUUGCAGCGGGUAACAAAUUUGGGGAUAUUGGGUUUUGGAAUGUUGGAGGAAGUGAGAUUUUUUUGUACCAUCCGCACGAGGCUCCCAUUUCUGGGAUUUUGUUUCAACAACACUGCUUGUCUAAGAUAUACACAAGUUGUUAUGAUGGGUUUAUUCGAUUGAUGGAUGCUGAGAAGGAAAUUUUUGAUAUGGUUUACAAUAGUAGUGAUAAUGCAUGUAUAUAUGCUCUAUCACAACCAAAGAAUGAUGCAAACUGUUUAUAUUUCUCUGAGGGUAAAGGGGGUCUGGCAGUUUUUGAUAACAGGAUAGGGAAAUGUUCAUCCUACUGGGAUUUACAUGGAACUAGAAUUAAUACAAUUGAUUUCAACCCUCAAAAUUCUCAUAUUGUAGCUACCAGUUCCUCUGAUGGAACUGCAUGUACUUGGGAUUUGAGAUGUAUUGGAGGGCCUAAGCACACAGCCUUGAGGACAUUUGCUCACAAAAGAUCUGUUCAAUCAGCGUAUUUUUCUCCUUCUGGAUGCAGCCUUGCCACUACAAGCAUGGACGACACAGUUCGUAUAUACAGUGGAGUGAACUUGGAGGAAGAGACUUCUGUUUAUCAUUUCAAUCAGACUGGAAGAUGGCUUUCGACUUUCAGAGCAAUAUGGGGCUGGGACAAUUCACAUCUCUUCGUUGGGAACAUGAAUAGAGGAGUUGACAUUGUCUCAACAGUUCAAAAGGCAACAGUAAAGACUCUAGAGAGCCCACACAUUUCUGCAAUUCCAUGUAGAUUCGAUGCACACUCUUUCAAGGUUGGAAUGCUAGCAGGAGCUACAAGCGGAGGCCAGAUCUAUGUUUGGACAUCAAGCUAA